UUGAUACUCUGGCUUGGCUGGCGGACAGGGCAGGGCAGAGCAGAGCUAUUCAUGGAUGGUUCAAGAGAGAGACUCCAUGGGCCACGAAAAUAUGAGAUCCGAUACGAGAUGAGACUUUUGUGAGGCGAUUCAUCGUCUUUUGCUGGCGCUAAUUGGAUAUGAGUGACUCUUAGGGGUGAAGCACUGCAUAUACAUUAACAGAGUGUUACCACUACCUGUCCCAGCUUUGUAUGAAUGGUUUCACUCAACUCAGCAUACAAUACACACUCACUCACUAGCUCUGACCACUUUCGUCCUUUCCUCUUUUUUUUUCCUUUGUCAAGUAUUUCCUAUCUCUGUUUUGUGUGACUCUCUUUCAUACUCAAUCUGUUCCUUUCAUUCACCGCUUUGUUCUUCUACUGUUCGUCGUCACUCCGUUUGAGCUCCCUUGUCUUCACUGUCUGUGUGCCUCCGCACCAGGAAAGCGAACAAGUGACUCUUUUUUGUUUGGAGACAAUUUCUAUUUACUCUUAAUCAGCUUGGAGUUGGGAGGAAGCGAUCGACGAACUCGUACAUUAUUCUUUUUGGUGCAACUAUCAAUCAUUUCAAACGACUUAUACAACUUUGACUCACGAACCGACCAACGAAUUAAACGAACGAAUCUUUUCGAUUUCACCAACACGCUCUUUCUUUCAGCAAGUCUAUACCACUAUCGACAUACUCUUCACAAUGCGGUGUAAUAGAUCAAGGCUCGCCGUGGCCUUCUCGCUCCUUUUGACUGCCCAGUCCGCACAGGCUGGUCCUAUGUGGACGAGUAGAAUAGAAAAAAGAAACCCUGGCGCUUUUCUUGACGCUAGGAUGGAAAACUCACAAGCUCCCACUGCAGCUCACGACGGAUAUGGUAGUGGCAACGGAGAUCAGACUACGCCUCGUCCUGUUUUUGAGACGCUCAACUCGACACCCGAACCGAAUCCGUUACUCUCAGAAAACCAAGGUGACGACAAGAAGAAGGGCCCCUACUCUGAUCUCCCCGAGCCAAUCGAGGUUAUCCCCGUUCAGCCAACCAAUGAUGCCCCUGAGCAGACGAGUGAUGCUCAAGAACCAACCCAAGAGCCUGGAGAUAAGCCGACUUUCACGCAGAACCCUUCUGCACCGGUUCUCACGACCUCAAUCGUGCCUAAGGAUCCUACCACCGUGGUUGAGAAGCCAACCUCGGCUGAACAAUCAGACUAUAGGCCUCCCAAGGACACUGCAGUUGUCUCCGAGACUGCCCCAGUUACCAAAGAGGUCCCCACCUCUGCAAACGAGGCACCAAAAUCCGACCCUGUUAACGAUGCUACGACUGUAGUGCCCGAGGUCCCUACGACCGAAGCAGCUCAGAAGCCAGAGAACACAGAUACUCAGAGCCUAUCCUCUACCCUCGACCUUGGUACACUUCAACCUUCAGAUGGGGGAAAGACUAAGCCAAGCGCCGUUGAAGAGACCACGGCCCCUGAAGCGCCCUCUGCUCCCGCUACAACAGCUCCAGGAAACGAGCAACCUACCACCUCUGCUGUUGAAGAAGAGACAACUACCUUUGCGUAUCAGCCGACUCCUACUGGCUAUCUUACAACCCAGGCGCCUUCUGAUACAGCUUUCCCGAUCAACCCCAAACACCCUACUCAAGUGUAUCCCAAGCCUCCUACCACAUCUAAAGGCCCCCUGGAGGAGACUUCCACCCCUGAGACGGAGUCUUCUGCGGGUACAACUCAGAUUGUGUCUGUAGUUCAACCUAAGGAACCCCAGUCCCAGACGACAUCUGAUGCACAAAGCCAGCCUGCUCCAACUUCAGAUGCUGCUCAACCUGAGAGCCAGGCCCCAGUCUCCGAACCUGCUCAGCCUAGCAAUCCUGCUCCCACCUCUGAAGUUCAACAGUCUUAUGUUCCUGUGCAAAACCCUGGUGGUCAACAGCCUGAUACUCCAGCUGCCACUACUGCACCAGCUCAGCCUCAGAACCCUAUUCCUACUUCACAGCUUGCUCAGCCUCAGCCUGGCAAUCCAGCUUCAACUGCUCCCUCCCAGCCCCAGAAUCCAGUUCCUACUUCGCAACCAGCUCAAUCUCAGCCAGAGAGCCCAGUUACAUCCCAGGACCAACAGCCUGAGGCGCCCACAGUCACUUCAGCAGUUCAGCAGCCAGCUCCUGUCCCUUCCAAUGGUCAGCCCCAAUAUCCUGCACCUGACUCCAAUACUCAACCUGCAGUCCCCCCUGCACCGCCUACCAGCACCGUCCUUGUAUCUGACCCCUCAUCCCCUGAGACGACUUCGGCACCCAAGGUAGUCCCCUCGGGAACAUCGGCCAACGGCGUUCCAACCAUCAACCCUGGUGUUCCCACAGGAACCAGUGCCAUCCCUGCUUCUGCGUACGCCAGCAAUGUCGUCGAUGCUCGCACAUAUAACGAGGAAUUUGCCAAACUCACACCCGAGUCUUCGUGUAUGAAGGGCCAGGCUGCUUGCAUUAACGGACAAACCGGUGUAUGUGAUGACACUGGCAAGUUCCAGCUCACACCUUGCAAUACAAAAGGCGAGAAGUGCUUCGCUCUUCCUUUGUACAACUUUGAGGGUGGCAUCAAGAUUGUCUGCGAAGAUCCUGCGACUGCUGCCAAGAUUCUUGGUGGAACUCCAAGCAUUGGUGAGGACAGCACUGUUCCUGGAAAUGGAGGCAAAGAGCAGCCUGCAACUACGUCAGCCGCCGAGAAGCCCGCGGUUCCCGUGGUUACUGUUACGACCAUAGUUACUGUCGAUGACGGCGCAACCCCUGAAUCAACUGGAGAGCCUGCUAAAGACCAACCUUCUCAGCCUGGUUAUCAGCAACCUUCGCAGCCACAGCCUGUGUCUGAGCAGCCUACCCAACCCGCCCCUGAACAGACAAGCCAGCCAGCUCCCGAGGAGCCUUCCCAAUCUCAACCUUUGCCAGAGAAGUCCACUCAGCCUGCCCCUGAGCAACCUAGUCAACCAGCUCAGACGCAGCCAGCCGAGGCACAGCCAUCCCAACCAUCAGAGGAGAAACCUAGUCAGACAAACCCCGCGGAGCCUUCCAACCCUCAACCAACAAAGGCCUAUGAAGAUCUCCCUCCGACUUCUGCCCCCGUCGCUGACCAAAGUACCACGUCUGUUCCUCUCCCUGGCGCCACAACUUUGACCAAGUCCAUCAAGAAGCCCGAUGAAGCCAAGCCCACUGGCUCACCAGGCGAUGAUGAUAACAAAGGAAAGGACGGCAGUGACAAGGGCAAAGAUGGUCAUAAUGACGAUGACAAGCCCACAUCGGUCGUCCUCAUCCCCAUUCCCGACAAGCCUACGGGUGCCCCAUCUCCUGCUGCUACAGAAGCUAAAGCCGACAACGAAGGCAGCAAAGAUGACAAGAAGCCCGCUGCUGGAACACGCACUGGUGACGAUGCUCACGCUACAACCAUUGUCGUCGACGGCACUCCGACUGUAUCGGUCUACUUCACAGUGACAGUCACAGAAAAGGACCAGGCUACCGUCACCGUCACCGAAAAGGAGAAGGAGACUGUGACGCUGGUGAUUAGCGCAUAGAUUCUGGUUUUUGCUUUCCUAUAAAAAUUCCUUAUUUGUUUAUAUCGCGAGCUAUUUUUUGGUGACCCGAAUGGGGCGUAUUGUGGUAAUGAAGUUGAUUUAUACAGUACAACGAUGGCACGCGGCCACAUCCAUUUUCGAUUGACAGCAAGAUUACAAUGAUGCUCCCAGUUCAGGAUAGAUCUAAAUCUUGAAAAGAACACUAUUAUACAUAACCCGUUCCUAAAGACUUGGGCCUCGUGGACAUUACUUAAUUUCUAUUGUUAUG